AUGUAACUAGGCCCAUUUUUCUACUCAGAAACCCUAAUAAGAACCCUCCUCUCUCUAUCUCUCCAAAAUCUCUAGCAUUUCAAUGCAAAAAAAAUAUCUGAGCAUUACUGUCCUAUAUCACAAAAUGGCUAAUAAUCAAAUAAGAAACCUGUUAUCUCAUAUACAAAAACGUUUCUUUAUAUCAUCUGUAACUUUGUCUUCCACACCAUUGUCCGCCACUUCUUCUUCAUCAUUUACAGUUCAUUACCUAUUGAAGUCAUGUGGGCUUCCUUUAGAAUCUGCAAUUUCAGUCUCUGAGAAGUUACAGCUUGAUGCUAAGAACCAACAGAGGACACAAUCUGUAGUCGAUCUCUUGAAAUCUCACAAUUUCAGUGAUACCCAGUUGGUCAAAUUGAUUGAAAAGCGGCCUGCAGUUCUUCAAUGCAAAGCUCAAGAAAAUAUUCAACCCAAAUUUGAGUACUUGAUAAAACAAGGGUUUAAAGGUAAGCUUCUUCCUGAGCUUAUUUUGUCAAAUCCUGUAAUUUUAAGAAGAGCUUUAGAUUCUCAUAUUAAACCUUCUUUUGAGUUCUUGAAAUCAGUUCUUGAUAGUAAUGACAAAAUUGUAGCUGCUAUCAGACGUUCUUCAUGGUUGUUGACAUUUGAUUUGAAAGGUACCAUGCAACCAAAUGUUGAAUUUUUACUAAAAGAGGGAGUGCCUGCUUAUGGUAUUGAAAAAAUGAUUUUACUGCAGCCUAGAGCUAUAAUGCAAAAACAUGAUAGGAUGGUUUAUGCAGUUAAUGCUGUUAAGAAUCUAGGUCUUGAACCGAAAUCUCGAAUGUUUAUACAUGCCGUCAGAGUGAUUAUAUCGAUGAGUGAGUUGACUUGGAAGAAGAAAUUUGAGAUGAUGAAGAGCAUGGGGUGGAAUGAGGAGGAGAUUUUAUCAGCUUUUAAGCGAGAUCCACUUUGUUUGGCUUGUUCAGAAGAAAAAAUCAAGAAUGCAAUGGAUUUCUACUUGAAUACUAUGAAGUUGAAACCGCAUGUUAUUAUUGCUUAUCCCAAGUUUCUUAUGUAUGCAAUUGAUACAAGGCUUCGUCCAAGGUAUAAUGUUUUGAAAGUUUUGGAGUCAAAGAAGCUGAUUGAAGGGGACAAGAAGAUCGAGUGGUUGCUGACAAUAAAUGAGAAGACUUUCCUGCAGCAAUAUGUUAUUAAGUAUGUGGAUAAAGUCCCAGGUAUAACGGAAAUGUACCUUGGUACCAGAAAAUUAAAGAGAUAGGUAUUUGGUAGCGAAGAAGUCUGAAGCUUUCACAUGUCUUUAACCUGGCUGCUUUUCAGUUUUAUAGAGCUUUGGAAAAGAGAAUUCUUGUGGGGUUGUGAAAAUGGGAUACAUUUAAUUACAUUUCUCUGUACAUCUUUGCAACUUCCAAGAAGUAUGAAAAGGGUGGCUUCAAAUUGAAUAAAAGGGUGUACAAUUGGAUAUCAAGAAGCAUGCACAAGCAAAUAGGGGCACGCCCCAGCAAAUAGAGAUGGAAGUGGAAGGAGAAUGAAUUAGUUUGUUUUGUAUUAACAUCUUUAGCUGUAUGCAAAUGCGUGCAAAAGCAUGAACAAACUAAAUAAUAAAAAAGAUAGUGAGUCCCCAGAUGUAUGCAUAUGCAUUUGCAAUCAGCAAUUGAGACGAGUGAUAUAUCAUCAAGUUAUCUACUCUAUGAAUUGGCGCUCUUUGCACAAAUGAGUAGCAGUUUUUAGCAUUA